UCACAUUUGAUAAGGGCUGAGCAUGAACGGCACGUCCAAGCACCUUUUGCCGUGCCCGAAGUACAAGAAGCCGUGUUUAGGCGUUCUCAAAUGAUGGUAGAAGACCAGCCCGGGCCAAUGUAGGGACUUCAAAAUCGCCACGUCUUCGGCCUGGCCGAUUCUCAACAUCCAACACCCCUCGGUGGGGACGCGGAAAUGCAAGUAAGAGGACCAUUCUCUCGCGUCGAUGCUCUUUAGUCCUUCGAAAGCCGUGUUGUUUAUUACCAUGCCGUCUGGUCUGCGAAAUAUUCCCAUUCUGGGGAUAAUUCCGGCUUCGUCGAAUAUCAAGGAAACUGUAGCGGCUAAUCUAUCCUCUUCUUUUAGUUUUCUCAAUUCUGCUUGUUUUCUUUUAGCGGGAACCAAUGUUUCCUCUUUUUCUAUCAGAAUGUCUAUUAUCAACGAAGGGUCACCUGCGAAAAAAUGGUUUCUUACACAAAGAACCAUUAAAGAGGAAGAACGAUAUGCCUUGGGCAUCAGCCCCCAAUCAAUGCAAUUCAGGCUGUAAUAAAACACUUUCCCGUACAAAAUAUCCUUCUCGUAUCCAUAGGCUAUGUAAUAGUCCUUUUCGGAUCCGAAUAUCUUGCCCCAGAAGAACACUUCUUUGAAAUGGUUCUCGUUCUGAAGGAUCAACAGCGAAUUGUAGAGAAUUAUCGCUUCUUCGGUGCUGACUACGUGCCCGAAAUGUCCUGAGCAGUCUAAACUGUGAAGUAUAUCAUUCAGGUUCAU